AUGUUGUCUCGGGUCGCUCGUCAAAAGAAUGCGCUCUUCCACCUUCGGAAGGCCCAUGCCCAUCAGGCAUUGGGCGCAUCGUCAAUACCGCGCCUCCAUUCGACCUCUACCCGUCUGAACCCAGCUGCUAUUCCAAAAACUCAUUCAAACCCGGAGCGACGCCGGAGACCUUCACUUCAGUCUCUGCGCAGUCUUGCAACGGCCACCGACCCGCCCACCUUCGAACAUAACUCCUUCAUGUCUUUGAACGAAACCAGCGUCGAACGCAUGUCCGCCAUCGAUACCUCUUCUCUGAUCAUUAUCAAUCAGACCCCCCAGACACAACCAAAAAUCUUCCGCAAGGUCCGCGGUAUCGGUGGUGAUCUGAGUGAAAUGCUGGCAAAUUUUGAUAUGUCACUGAAAGUUGGGCGAUUUGACCGAGCAAGCGUUUUGCUCAAUCGACUGGAGACUUAUUACACCGCGAACUCCUCCGAGUAUCGUUCCCUUCACAACCGCUACCUGAAGGAAAUGGUCGCUUACAUGAUUGCGACUCGAGAGGAAGAGAUGAUUAUGCCCCUGCAAAAAUGGUUCGAAACCGACAUGCCUGCGGCAGACGUGAAGCCGGAUGCUACAACAUUUGCCAUCAUGAUUCGCAUGGCUCUACGCAUGCUAGACGGGUCAAAGCGGGAACGAACUGUUCGUCGCUACUGGAACUUUGCUAAGCAAGCUGGUCUUCACGAAGAUCUUCUGGCUGUCGAGGUGCUUACUGAUUUGGACCUUGGUGAACUCUCCAGAAUUUGCUUCGCCGAUCUAUACCCAGUAAACCUCGAACUGGUCACGGAAGAACACACAGCUAAACAAAUCGACGAUAUCCCGAAUGUUCUCGCAGCAGAACAAAAAGGCCUUGGUCUGUCAUCCUUGAUGGAGUCUUUGUCUCUGUUCAAAGAAAACCCCCGUUUUGCCCUUCCAGAAGACUUCAAUGGAACAGAGGAGGAGAAAGAAGAACUGCAAAAUCAGCUACGCCAACGGCAACUUGAGAGAGAUACCAUCAAUGCGUCCAUGAAUCGCUGGCGGGCAGAAUUUAUGUCAAGGACACAGGCUGGGAUUGAUGUCACCACUGGCAAAAAGAGCAUAAAUUCUGUUGUUAGCCAAUGGCACAAUGCGCUUGUCUCAAAAAUCGAGGAGGAAGUGAAGUUAGGCAUGGAAGCUGAGACCCAGCCGAUCCGUACCGAGAUACAGGCACGUCGUCUUGAGCACCUUGUUUUCCUUCAGUCUAUGAGCGGCGACCGACUAGCCGCUCUGACUAUUCUCGCAGUCAUGAGUACAUUUUCGCGUGGAGGCAUGGAAAAGGGCAUCAAACUGUCUGCAGUUGCAUCCACGAUUGGCAGAGAGGUACAGCAAGAGCUUGUUGCGCAGGAAAUCCUGAAGCAAGAAACCAACUCAAGUCCGACGCGUACCAAAAUGCUUAAGGAGAUGCUUGCAGACCGCAAGGGAAAGGAUGGUCGCCUGCGAUGGAAGGCCAUCAGUGAAAAGAUGCAGACAGAAAACGAAUCCCUGGCGUGGACUCCAAGAGUUCAAGUUCGACUGGGUGCAGUUUUGAUGAGUCUGCUUCUUGAAGUCGGCAAAGUUCCUGUACGGAACACAGACUCGAACACACAGAAAAGGACGACAGUCAUGCAGCCCGCAUUUCACCAUUCUUACCAAAUCACGUUCGGAAAACGCGCUGGGCUUGUUCAUCUGCAUCCUUCUUUGGUCAAAAUGAUGGUGCAGGAGCCCGCAGUCGACCUCUUGGGUCGUCAUCUCCCCAUGAUUUGCAAGCCGAAAGCUUGGACAGGGGCGAAGGAGGGAGCUUACAUGAUCUACAAAAGUAAUCUGAUCCGCUCCACACCAGGCGAGCUUCUGCAGCCAAAGUACAUUGAUGCAGCGAUGAAGGAAACAGGAUUGACGGAAAUUCGCCAGGGCCUUGAUGUCCUUGGAAGUACGGGUUGGGCGGUCAAUCGAGAGGUCUUUGAUGUGAUGUUGGAAGCCUGGAACUCUGGAGAAGGGGUUGCAUCAUUGGCACCUCUGGAACCAGACCUUCCAGCUCCACCAAAGCCUGAUCCAGAAGCCGGGCAUGCGGCCGAGAAGGAAUGGCAAACUCGGAUGCGCGAGAUCGAGAAUCUACGGUCUGGUUACCAUUCUGUGCGGUGCUUCCAGAACUUCCAGAUGGAAGUUGCGCGGUCCUUCCGCAAUGAGACCUUUUACCUUCCUCACAAUAUGGACUUCCGUGGUCGAGCCUACCCUCUUCCUCCAUACCUUAAUCAAAUGGGUGCCGACAACUCACGAGGUCUUCUCUUAUUCAGCGAUGCGAAGCCACUCGGCGUGAACGGGCUGCGUUGGUUAAAGAUUCAACUUGCCAACUUGUAUGGCUUUGACAAAGCAAGCAUGGCAGAACGUGAACAGUUUGCCAUGGAUCAUCUUGAUGAUAUCCUUGAUUCGGCCAACAAUGGCCUGAAGGGUAAGCGUUGGUGGAUCAAAGCAGCCGAUCCGUGGCAAUGUUUGGCCGCUUGCAUCGAGCUGCGCAAUGCCCUCCGCUACUCCGACCCCACUGAAUACCCCAGCCGACUUCCAAUUCACCAAGACGGAUCUUGCAACGGUCUUCAGCAUUAUGCUGCCCUGGGCGGUGAUAUCGUCGGCGCGAAGCAGGUCAAUCUAGAGCCCUCUGAUCGACCUUCUGAUGUCUACACAGGAGUUUCCGAGUUCGUCAAAGAGGCUGUGGCCAAGGAAGCUGAGGAGGGCCUUGAGAUCGCCAAAAUUUUGAAUGGAAAAAUCACCCGAAAGAUUGUCAAGCAAACCGUCAUGACCAAUGUUUACGGUGUGACAUUCAUGGGUGCGAUGAGACAAGUUCGCAAGCAGCUGAUCGACCAUUACCCCGAGCUUUCAACUGAAGAGAAGAAACAAGGCGCUUUGUACAUUGCUCGGAAGAUCUUCCAGGCUUUGAGUUCAAUGUUCAAUGGUGCCCACGACAUUCAGUAUUGGCUCGGCAACUGCGCAAAUCGCAUCACUCAAUCUCUCUCACCAGAAGAGAUUGAAGACUUUGCCAACAGAGCCUUGUCACCGAAGGAUUCUGACACCAAGGUUGACGCCAAGAGCCUUGACCCAACCCGAGCAUUCCGCUCAACUGUCAUCUGGACUACUCCCCUCGGUCUUCCGGUCGUCCAACCCUACCGUUCUCGAAAGGCACGACGUGUGCAGACUACCCUACAAGACCUUAGCAUUGUGGACCCGAGCUCGAAUGAUGUGAUCUCGAGACGCAAGCAGCUUCAGGCUUUCCCUCCCAAUUUCAUCCAUUCUCUCGAUGCAACUCACAUGAUGCUUUCCGCCAAUGCCUGUCAUAAAGCCGGUCUCACCUUCUCCGCUGUUCACGAUUCUUUUUGGACUCACGCUUCUGAUGUUGAUACUAUGAAUGAAAUUCUCCGGGAUGCGUUCGUGAAAAUGCAUUCUGAUGACGUUAUCGGUCGACUUGCUGCAGAGUUCCAUGUUCGCUAUGGCAAGCACCUCUUCCUUACCAGAGUCUCAUUGAAAAGUGCUGUCGGCAGGGCCAUCAGCAAACACCGCAAAGAAGUUUCAAUGAAGAAGGGCAAGGUCGGGGAACUAGUUGAGGAACAUCGACGACAAACCCUGUUACGAUCUAGCGACCCGUAUGAGCAAGCGAAAGGUCGUGAAAUGGUGACUGCUGCUAGCAUUUUCGAAGAAAUGGGUGGAACUGAAGCCGAUUUUGCGAAUACCAGUACUUUGGGAGAAACCAAAGUUGGUCAUGUUCCGGAAGACCUGGCAGUCGCUGAAAAACGACCAGGUGCAACUGUUGUUGAUAAUAGCGACCCGGCCAUUCAAAGUUUGUUCGAAGAUGUCGAGUUGAUGGACACGCAGCAUGAAACCCUGGCGGAGCCGGAUGAGGAAGUCAAAAAGAAAAGGAGAGACCCGCAUACUGUCUGGAUUUGGAUGCCUAUGAGAUUCCCUGAUGUUCCUACUAAAGGUUCCUGGGACGUGUCUCGUAUUCGCAAGAGCGAGUACUUCUUCUCGUGA